ACCCUCAUCAUCAUCAUCAUCAUCAUCCGUAUAGUACUACAGCUUAAUAACAUACAAGUUGUUGGUGUGGAGACCCCAUGGAAGGUUCCUUUUGAUGGAAGAGGGCCCGGUGAUACAUGAGAGAGACGGAUGGAGUUGUUCCUGCCAGCACAUUCACCUUAAUCUUCGUCCACCCCUGAGUAUUUGCCACCUCGACCCUCGUCCAGCUGACUGAAGUAGUGUCUAAUCAAUCAGUGACACCAACACGGGAGUAUCCGCGAUAAUCUUGUGCUGGCUGUUGACCGUUCGGUCUCUGAUUCGGGUAAUAGUACAUACUACUACUACUACUACCACUUCACCCUACUCUCAACCCCGACACCACCACCACCACCACCAUCCACACCCACCACCGUAAAAAACAGCUUAGCACUUAACACAGCAUGAAGGUCAACAAGCGAAUCGGAAAACUCAAACAGUGGACCGGUGAGAAACUGGGUGGUCAACAGAAGACUGAAUUGAGUGAAGAUUUCCAAUCCUUGGAACAGGAUGUCGAACUACGCAAGGCCGGUGUGGAGAAGAUGUACAGCGUCUCGAAGGAGUACUCCAAACAUCUCACAAGGAAAUCAGAGCCCGAAGGUACCGAUACCGGUAAAGUCUUACCGAUCGACGGCCUCGGUUUAGUCUUGGCAAACCAUGGCGAUGAGUUCGGAAGCGAUAGUUCAUUUGGGGAAGCAUUGGUCUCGUUUGGGAAAGCUCAACAACAGAUGGCCACCGCCACUGCGAAUUUCGCCGACCAUAUGAACUCGGGUUGGCUCACCUCCUUGGAGAAAUCAUUGGCCCAAAUGUCCGAAUACACUAACCAACGUAAGAAGCUCGACUCACGUCGACUGACCUAUGAUGCCAUGUUGGCUAAAGUACAGAAAUCGAAGAAGGAGAAGAGGGACCUCGAGGAUGACUUGAGGGUCGCCAAGAAUCGAUACGAGGAAACAAGCGAAGAAGUUCAGGAACGGGCCAUCGCUAUUCAGGAUAGUGAAGCAGAACAAAUGAUCGCCCUGACUAGACUCUUAGAAAUUGAAUCAAAUUGGAUUGAUGAGCAAAAGCGAAUUCUUGAUGAUCUGAAAAGGAACUGGGUUGAUCCAUCUGCCUUUAAGGGCCUCAAUACUAGUGGACGCAAGAAAACAGCACAUGCUUUCGGUGCCGAGCCUCCGCCAGCUUCAAAGACCUUGAUCAAGAGCAAGGCGGGCUCAGUCCACCGACGAACACGCUCUCAUUACUCCGAAGAAGAUGGGGAUGAUGACGUACAGGGGGCAGAGGAACACCAAGAGGACGAGAACGAAUACGAGGAACGUGAACCUGAUCUCAGCGCCAGACGCCAACCCAGACCAGCCGUCACCGCUCCUCCCAAACCUCGACAAACACCCUCUCGACGCGAAUCAUUAGUAACAGAGAAACCAGCGUCUAGUAGCGCUAAUGGUAGAUAUGGUGGCGUCAGAAUCCCAGGCAUGCCUCCGCCUGGUGCAGCCUCUAUCCAAUCAGAUGAGUCGCUCUCCCCGACGCUAGAAAACAGCGGUCGACGGCGGUCGAGCGGAAAUCUUCUCAACCAAAGUUCAAGCUCGAACCUAAGGCGAUCGGUAGUGGCAGGCACGAAUGGGAAGACUUCGAAAUGGAUGCGGGCGAAGUGGGCGUAUAUUGCAACGGAGUCGGAUGAGCUUGAGCUAGAGGUGGGCGACCGGGUCCGGGUGACGAACGAGAUCAAUGGGGAAUGGUUUGUGGGCCGGAACGAGACGACGGGGCGGAGCGGGAUGUUCCCGGCGGCAUACUGUGUGACAGAGCAGGAGCCCGAUCAACAGGCCCGCUAUCUGACACCAGAAACUCAGGACACGUUUGCGGACCCGGACGAACACUACAUCGACGAAGGCGUCGGAGAGGAUGGAUCGGAGGAAGACGAAUCCGAGUCCGCUGCACUCCGCCCUUCGAUGUCUGUCUCCGCACAUAACCUUCGUCCUCCCUCAACCAGUGCACCCUUGCGUACCGGAUCCUACCCCGGUAAAGCUCAACCUCCCCUCUCUUCUACCCCCUCAACUAUCGGCAAAAGGGCUCCCCCUCCUCCUCCUAGUAGACGUUCAACUACUUCUACCGCUAAACCUUUGCCCACUCAAUCGGCUUCUAAUGACGACAAUAAUCAACCUGAGGCUUUUGGUAGUGUCAGUGAACUCAAGAAACGCUUGGGCAUGUUCAAAUAGUCUCCUCCUCUUUCUCUCUCUCUCUCUCCGCCUCUGUCACCUUCCUGUUUUGAAAAACAAAAUCCCCCCUUUUUGUAUAGAUCCAUUCUGUUCUCUCUCUCACACACACACAAAGAAUCUACAAAACAUGAAAAAAGAUACACAUUCUUUUUUUCCCUUGACUGGUUUUGGCUAUACAAACUAUCAUCACCUUGCAACCAGCAUGAUAAAUAUAUAUAUUUUUGUUUGACAUUUUUUCUCCUCUUGUUUUGUGAUCAAUGUUGUCUUAUUUUUUUUCUUUCCUUUUUCCUUGAAAAAAAAUAACAUAUCAGAAACAUGCAAGCAUUUCUCAUUUC